CGGAAUUCCCGCGAGAUUACAGAGCAAAAAUACAACUUCCGGUACCGCAAGCAGUGAGCAACAGUUUCAGAAAGCGUAUUGGCUCUCAUGGGAACACAUGAAGAGGACUCUGUGCUGCUGCAGACUUUGACCAGGCUUGUGGUUCUUCACCAAGAACAUGGAGAAGAUGUCACGGGUUACCACAGCCCUGAGCAGCAGUGCCGUCAGUGGCCGAACUAUGUUCUGCCACUUGGACGCUCCUGCCAAUGCCAUCAGCGUGUGCCGUGACGCCACGCAGGUGGUGGUAGCUGGCCGCAACAUCUUCAAGAUCUACGCCCUGGAGGAGGAGCAGUUUGUGGAGAAGCUGAAUCUACGCGUCGGCCGCAAACCCUCGCUCAACUUCAGCUGUGCAGAUGUCAUGUGGCACCAGAUGGAGGAGAACCUGCUGGCCACGGCUGCCACCAAUGGGGCGGUGGUCACCUGGAACCUGGGAAAACCCUCUCGUAACAAGCAGGACCAGCUGUUUACUGAGCACAAACGCACUGUCAACAAGGUGUGCUUCCACCCCACAGAGGUUUACAUGCUGCUAAGUGGCUCGCAGGAUGGAUUCAUGAAGUGCUUCGACCUGCGCAAGAAGGAGUCUGUCAGCACUUUCUCAGGUCAGUCAGAGAGUGUUAGGGACGUCCAGUUCAGCAUGAAGGAUUAUUUCACUUUUGCUGCAUCCUUUGAGAAUGGCAACGUCCAGCUGUGGGACAUCAGGCGACCGGACCGCUACGAGCGAAUGUUCACCGCCCAUACAGGCCCUGUGUUCUGCUGCGACUGGCACCCUGAUGAUAGGGGAUGGCUGGCCACUGGGGGCAGGGACAAGAUGGUGAAAGUGUGGGACAUGACCACUAACCGGGCCAAGGAGAUCUACUGUGUCCAGACUAUUGCCUCAGUGGCACGAGUCAAGUGGCGGCCUGAGAGAAAGUUUCAUUUAGCCACCUGUUCCAUGAUGGUGGAUCACAACAUCUACGUGUGGGAUGUCCGCAGGCCUUUUAUUCCCUUCGCCACCUUUGAGGAACACAAGGAUGUGACCACUGGUAUUGUGUGGCGCCACCAGCACGACCCUCAUUUCCUGCUCUCUGGCUCUAAGGACAGCACACUCUACCAACACAUGUUCAGGGACGCCACUCGUCCCGUGGACAAGGCCAACCCUGAGGGUCUGUGCUUCGGACUGUUCGGUGACUUGGCCUUUGCAGCCAAGGAGAGUCUGAUCAGCAGUGACGCCAACAGAAAGCCUUACCCUGGAGGCGACCGCCGCUACCCCAUCUUUUUCUUCAAGAAGCCAGACCCGACAGAACAGUUUGCUCAUGUGUCCAGCGCUCUUAGCGUCUUUGAGACAGAUUUGGACAGUAACCGCAUGGACUGGUUUGUGAAGACAGCACAACUCUACCUCCUCAGCGGGAAGCCGUUUGCUGAGCUGUGUGAUCACAAUGCCAAGGUGGCCCAGGAGCUCAAAAGACCUCAGGUUUCCACAACAUGGACCAUGUUGAGAAUUAUGUUCUCUGACCCAGCAAACCUCACAACCCCUGGUCCAAACCACAACCUCAGUAAACUGGGCACCUUGCCUUUAAUGAACAGUUUCAGCAUGAAGGAAAUGGGUUCAGUGAUGGGCACAGAGAGCAGACUGGACCGCAGUAAAGGUGAAAGCAGGCAGGACAACAUCCUUCUGGAGCCUGGGAACCCGCACAUAAGCAAUAAUAAUGAAGAAAAUGAGGAGACAGAAGGCAGCGAGGGCCAGGCUGAGUAUAUGUUCGGUGAUGCGGAGUUGGAUGACGAUGACCUCUACUCUAUGGAGCAUGACAACCAAACAGAGGAGCAGGAGUACACGCUGCCCCAGGAGGCCUUCCAGCUGCGCCACGAGAUCAUGGAUAACCCGUCUGCUCCGGAGCACCUUCAGCAGGACAAAGCAGACUCCCCACACGUCAGCGGCAACGAGGCAGAAGUCACCUGUCUGACACCCAUCGAGUCCUUCUCACUCAUCUCCAUUUCCCAGCCGCUGUUCAGCCCACAUCUACCUGCCAGCUUCUUCUGCCCCAUUGUGCGGGAGAUGCUGAGCUACUACGCCGAGCAGGGCGACGUACAGAUGGCCGUGUCUGUGCUCAUCGUCUUGGGGGACCGAAUCCGUAAAGAGAUUGAUGACCUAACCCAGGAGCACUGGUACAUGUCUUACAUAGACCUCCUGCAGCGAUUCGAGUUGUGGAACGUGUCCAAUGAGGUCAUCAAGUUGAGUACGUGCAGUGCCAUCACCUGCCUGAAUCAGGCGUCUACAACACUGCACAUCAACUGCAGCAACUGCAAGCGACCAAUGAGCAACAAGGGCUGGAUUUGUGACAGGUGCCACCAGUGUGCCAGUGUAUGUGCAGUGUGCCACCAUGUGGUGAAGGGACUGUUUGUGUGGUGUCAGGGCUGCAGCCACGGUGGACAUCUGGAGCACAUUAUGAACUGGCUCAAAAGCAGCGCCCACUGCCCCGCUGGCUGCGGACACCUGUGUGAGUACACCUGAGCUCAUCACAAUCACCGUUUACACCGCUGGUGCUCUGUGGGAGUGGGAAUGGGUCCUCACACCAACCUGGAUCACACACAAACACCACAUACAAACGAGAUGUCUUCAUUCCUCCACAUGGAAGCCUGGAGUCCUUUGCCACUGUUGAAAGAUGGAUACCUCUGUGUGUGUGUGUGUGGGGGAGAUUGUCUGAGUCUAAAGGAGGAAGAGGUUUAUAUGUGCUCUCCUGGACAGCUAUUCAAGAGCAAACACAAUCAUGUGUAGAUUCCUAGUUGUAGGAACUGGUGAAUUUGUAUAUAAGCAGAUGUUACGAUAGAUAUUCAAAGAAUAUAACAAUAUUUUUGUGAAUUCACACUUGCUGCAUUUUACAUUGUUUUUAAAACCCCUCAGUAAAAUCGUGAAGGCUGUACAGGAACAAUUGUCUGCUCAUCUUAAGUGGAUUGUUUGUAAAUAAUAACUCAACCUUUUUUUGAAGGACUGUAGAUAAAGUUCAAUUAAUUUAUAUGACAAAUAACUCUCUAUUCAAGCAACUUGAAACUGGACCAGUGAAGUCUGUUUUGUCAGCAACAUUUAAAAGAAAAUGGUUUAUCUUCCAUUACAUACAUAGUUCUUCUGAUGAGUAACAGUCAGUGUAGACUGAAUUCAUGUGAGCUUGCACUGAGCUUCAUAUAUUCAUUCAGCUGCACAUAUUCAAACCUGGCAGCUGUCCAACACAUCCAGCCUUUUACUCUUCUCUGCUGAGCAGUUCCAGUGGAGCAGUCAGGAUAAAAAGUCUUGCUCGAGGGCACUUUAGUCAGAGGAAAGAACACUACUUAUUCAUUUUUCUCCCAACUGCACUAUACUCUCAUGGGCCCAGUAAUCCCAACUGGCAACCCGCCAACAUCUCUAGCCUCUAGUCUACCAGGUACACACAAUGUGUGCUGCUCAGAGUAACACUUAUUUGUUUAUGAUAGUUUGUAUAGCUCACCACUGGUGAUAUACACAGAACAGAUGAGUGUAGAAGCCAACCGAGAUAGGAACAGCUUUGUCUUGGGUGAAAUUCGACUGUUACUAUCCUGUUACAUCCCAGUACUGUGUAGCCUGAUGGCAACUGGUUGGAGGACGCUACUGCCUAGUUGUCAUUUUUACUGGCAGACCUUUAUGAUAUGAGUCAGUUUUUGCAGCAAGAUGGAGAAUAUUUUAUCAGUUCAGGCUCAACUCUGAGAAACUGAAUGUGUUUGUUUGGGUACAUUUACGUUCUGGAUGCCAGAAGUGUCUGAAAUGUCUGUCUUCCACUCCCGUCUGCCUCGUUGAAAUUUACUAGUGACACAUUAGCAUCCUAUAUACUGGCACACAAAACAGGAAAGCUUUUGUGCGUUUCAGAAUGCAUACGAAUUAAAAACAUCAGUGAAGCCAUGUGACCUAUUUUGUUUGCAAUGGGAAUUUCAAAACAUAAAUGACCUUUUCAUUCACUCAAUUUUGAAUUUAGAGAGAAAAAAAAACUGAACAGUAACAGAGGUUGUUCGUAAACAGCAUCAGACAGAAAAGAGCACCUUUACUUGUGAUAGCUAAAUAUAUCACUGGUGCAGUAAUCGUCAUCUCCUAAUGGUUUUCAUUCCCACUUAUAAAUCUACAGUUGUCCUGUCAAAAAACCUGCAGGUCUGAGGCUACUGUAUGUGGAUCCGCUGAUAAAAGCUAAACUCCAGCCAACAUCCAUAUACCGAGCAGCAACUGUCAUCACAUUGAUUUACUGCCAAGGCUGCAGGCACAAUAAGAGGAUUUUCAGAUGUACUCGUAUGAGGACACCCCAACAAUCAGGAUGGGGAAUCCCUUACACCGAGAACUGCCCCUGUAGGGUUAGAAAUUUAAAUACUGACCACAUCAGUCAGAUUGAUAUGCCACCCAAUCAGUUCAAACAUCUGGACAGGCCCUGGAGUGUCUGGGGACCACACAUUAAGUCCAGGAGUGAAGGCGAGCAAUAUCCAGCGUUGAUUAGAGACUCUAAAAUAAUUGGUAAAUGUUAUAAUAUUCCACACACCUGCUUAAGUCUAACGCAGAGCACCAUCAAUCCAAUUAAGAGAUUUUAUAAGCUGUAAUAAAGAAGCCACUGACAAAUGUUAAACACAAUUGAGGUGUAACAUAUUAGUGAAACAUGGAUCUACACUGUAGCCCAACCCCUACGCAAGAUCGUUUUUUAAUUUCUAUUUUAUGCAAUCUGAAUCCAUCUCAGCACCACAAAUUGGCACAAAGAAUAAAUGAAUAGAUUUUCAGAAUAAAUCUAAAUAAAAAUGGUUCCAGAUCACCUUAGAUUUGCAGACAGACUAAAACAUACAGCAAUAUAUUUUUUCCACACUGUUACUUGUGUUGUAUACUACAUUUUACUGCUACUUGACCUUUCAACUAUUUUAUACAACUGAUCUAAAAGUACGAUGCUGCUAGUGGGUAUUUAUGUUUACUGUUUGGAUCAUUUUGCCAGCAUGUGUGCACAUAACCACUCAGCCUUUCACCUCUCUACUAACAUAAAUAAUGAACUGUGGGACUUGCAAUAAAUUUGCAGAUAUUCACUUUGAGCUGUUAUGAAAUCAGUGUUUUUGUCACAUAAUUAUUUUUGUAGAUAAAAAAAUAUAAAGCAAA